AACACUAGACUAUUAUUUACGUUUUAUCACAAUAUAAACAAGCUUGAUAAACAUAAAAUAUUUGUAGAAAAAUGGUGAAAAUUUGUUUAAAUAAAACUAAUAAUAUUGAAAUUAAAGCUGAAAAUGCUGCAGAAAUUUAUAAAUACGUUGCAGAAACAAUGAAAUGGACCCCCAAUGAUUUUUAUUUGGAGCAGAAUGGAAAACGUUUAAAUGAUGAAUUGCUCGGGGAAUUUCCUGUAUAUGUGCGUCUCUGUGUUUUGGGAGGCAAAGGAGGUUUUGGAUCCAUGCUAAGAGCUAUAGGUGCGCAAAUAGAAAAAACCACUAACCGUGAAGCUUGCAGAGAUCUUAGUGGCCGACGUUUGAGAGAUAUUAAUGAAGAAAAGCGUUUGAAGGCCUGGUUGGAAAAACAAGGAGAACGUGAACGCGAAGCUGAAGAAAGAAAGAAACGUAAAAUUGAAAAACUCUUGGCUGUGCCUAAACACGAAUUCAAAGAUGAAGAGUACGAAGAGGCCAGAUCGAAACUUACUGAGAAAGUGUGUGAUGCAGUUGAAGAAGGCUUCAAAAAAGCUAUUACCACAGACUUAAAGCGUAAAAAUAAAGCAUCUACAUCACAAAAAGCUGUACCCGCCAAAAAGAAAAAACCUGCUUUAUGGUUAGAUGACGAUGUUUCUUCAGGUGAUGAUAGUGAAUCAAGUGAUGACGACUCGGACUCUUCGAAAAGCUCAAAAAAUAAAGAAAUUGAAAAGGAUUCCGAAGAUUCUAACUCUAAUCAAACUAAAUUACAAGAUAGUGACAAAGAUUCCAAUUUAGAUUCUGGCUGCGACUCUAUUUCUAGUAAACAACAGUUGUAAUGUAUUGUAAUUUAUUAUUAUAUCUAUUACUAUAUGUUUACAAUUAACAAAUAAAAUAUACAAAUAAUUUACGCACUAGAA